AUGGCUGACCCCUUUGAGGUCCGCAUGCGCUUUAGCAUGCAACUACAACACCUCAGCGCGUCCGUCACAGCUGCACAAAAAGCAGCGAACUAUGCGCUCAAGAACCGGGAGAUGGACGAAGACCUCCAUUCUUGUAUAUUAGAACAACUGGAAAAGACCUCCAUGAACACCCGCGCCAACAUCAUGUACUUCAUCGAACACCUCUGCGCGCUCGCCCAACGCGAAAACCACCCCGAAUAUAUUCGCAUGAUGCAGCGUGACAUCAUCCGCGUCAUCGACGCAGUCUGCCCGCUCGACGGCUCCGGCGCAGCGAACAUCCGCGUGGUGCGGCGCGUCCUUCAAGGCCUACAAGCGCAAAAAGUGCUUAUGCCGGAAACCGUAACGGAGUUGGAGGCGGAGCUGAAAUCCAGAGAGGGGACUGCACAUCCAUUCAUAGCGGGUGCCGAUGAUGGCGGCGACGUUGUAGCAGCGGAAAAGAACGGCGGCCCAGUUCGGUUAGACAAGCGACAGAUUGAGCAGAGGAUCGAGGAAGAUCGCGAGCGGCACAAGAGACUCCGAGAGGAGAUUUGGGCGGUGAGCGAUGAGCCGGAUGGGGAUGGAGAGUUGAGGAAGAUGUGGGAUGAGGCUAGUGAUAUCGGCGAUGACGAUUAUCUCGCGGCAGAAGAAGAUCAGGCGGAACGGAGACAG